AUGCUCACGAAUGUAACAGCCAGACCUCAGCUAAAUGCAUGCAUGGUGAAAAGUGAGACGAAAGACAACUCUCUAGUGCCUCAGUCAAACCUGGAAUCUGAAAGCGUGAAGCAAAGACACCGCGAGGUCGACAAAUGUCUAGAUGAAGAUGAACUACGGCACGAGCCCUGGCAAGAGCCCCACCCUUUGUCAACCACAACCACAUUGAGUUUAGAGUUGCCGACAUGGCCCCAAAUCAAGAGACUCCAACGUUACUACUACAACAUCUACAAACAACUAACUCAAAAACUAAACCAUUUAAUUUACUUGACAAAACUCCAGGAACUAUCCUCUGCACCAACCACGGCUAGUUUAGCAAAUCGGAUAACUGAAAUUCAAAAAGACAUGUCCGUGCCCAGUUCACUUCCCCAGUUAUAUGAGUUCUUGUAUUUAGCCAAUCAAGAAACCAAAACCGCCGACUUGCUCAAUCGCUACUUGAUGCUCGUCAACCCGAUCCAGAAAGCAAUACACUAUGCCGAGUUGAACACGCCCGAGUCGCAAAUCUUGCACUACUUGAAUCAGCUAUACGAUGGAGACGAGAGUUUGGUAAGCAAGUUACAAGAGAUCAAGUUAAAGCAACGCCGAGGCGAAAUGCCCUUGUAUCCAUAUGAAAGUUCACACGAGACGAAACGGGAAAAACAACAGAUUCGAGACUUGAUCCGCGAGAUCCGAGGGUUGAACAACAGCAUUGCUGAUCUUGAACCACAGGCUCAAGCCAAAAGUGCACGUUACAAGAGCGAGUUGCGGUCUAGUUGGAGUGAGAUGGACCGUUUGUGCCUUUUGAUUAUUGGGUUGAUCUCAAGCUUACCUUUCCAAUGGUAUGAUGCCGCCGUUGACGGUGGUGGAGCCAUGGCUCAAAUUUUGGUGGAAUUGAAUGGCCUAAGACGGAAAUUGGAGGCGUAUCAAGAAGACAUUGUGGAUGUGGAUGUGGACAAACUUUUGCGGGAAUAA